CAAACAGAACAUUCAAGGCACAAAAGGAACCAACAGAGCGUUAUUUCUUAGUCACAAAAGGCCUAAGGUACGACAUGAAGUUGUGGACUUAGAAGAUUGAAUAGUGUGAUGAGGUCGAAGUCCUGUUUGUAAAUUUUAUAUGUGAAUAUGGGACUAGUACAGUCAAUUUCUAAAGACAGAUAGUCACCUAUCAGCAACAAGGGUCUCCAGAUUUCUCAAGUGGAACCAAAAAAAAAGAUGACGUUUUAUCAACUGCUUGCACUUGCCAGUGUUUGCCUGUCAGGAGUGUCUCCAUCGGUUCCUCCAAUAGAGUUGAGUUUUCUGAUUGACGUGUCUAACAAUGCUCUUGCUGGCGCCACCAAUGUUGUCAAUUUCGAUAUUCUGGAAGACCAACUUCGCGCCAUCUUCAAUAGCUCUGUGCUGAAUCAGGGCGGAGAGGUCAGCAUCGGAGCAUACGGUUAUAGUUCUGACUCGAUUGAAGUCAUCCCCUAUUGGACCUCUCCUAGCAACGCCCCAAACACAUUGUCAAAGUUGCGCUUACUGGCCAACGGGGAAUCAUUGACUUAUUAUGGACUUCGAAACAUCGUGACUGCACCAAGGUACAACUCGAGCAUUCUUUUUAUUAUAACAUCCCAAGGCUCGUACUACAGCAUGAGAAGAAGACAGGCCAUUGCUGACGCUGUCAGAGUUCAGUUUGUAUUGGGAUGGAGAAUCAAAGUUAUAGCUGUAGCGAGUGGCCAACCCCUGGACACAACCGAACUUUCUACCAUCGACCCUAACUACAUCGUUCUUAAUGGUAAACCUAAAAACUACGUGGAUCUUUCGUCGGAGGUCAUUGGACUUGUCAACGCUACACUCAAUGCUUAUUCCAUUCAACCUGCAAACGCACCAGUGGAACCACCCACUACUGCUUCACAAACGACUCAAGGGAUUAUAUCAACAACUGCGUCUCCUGUGCCCACAGCUGUAGCCAGCUCUCCAGCAACAGUCAUCAGUAGUCCUAACUCAACUCCAGAUAAAUACUCCAGUAACUCUAGCUCAACUCCAGGUAUAUACGUCAGUAGCCCAAGCUCAACUCCAGAAAAUUACGUCAGCAGUUCUAGCUCAACUCCAACUAAAUACGUCAGUAGCCCAAGCUCAACUCCAGAAAAUCACGUCAGCAGUUCUAGCUCAACUCCAACUAAAUACGUCAGUAGCCCAAGCUCAACUCCAGAUAAUUACGUCAGCAAUUCUAGCUCAACUCCAACUAAAUACGUCAGUAGACCAAGCUCAACUACCGGUAACUUUAACUCAAGUCCAGUACCUCCAGAAACAACAAAGACUGCCAUCAAAACAACAACAGAACCAUCGACUGCUGAACCUUCUGCCACAAGAUGUCUAGCUCAGUUGUUGUUCCUACUUGACCUUUCGCAAACUGCACAGGAAGCAGCAUCCAGUAGCUUCGGUGAUGCCAAUUUUGAUAUACUGGAAAAUCAGUUGAAAUUAGUCUUCAACUAUUUGAGUUUCAACUAUAGAAUUCAAGUCAGAAUAGGAGCUUUUGGUUACAGCGGUUCUCAAUCUGUGCAAAUACUACCUUACCUGACCUCCCCGGACAAAGGAAGAAGCAAAUUAUGGAAACUACGGACAAUAUCGAACGCUGACUCCUGGAUGUACUAUGGACUGAGGGCUGUUACGACUAAGGCUAAAUUCAAAGAAAACUUUCUCUUUCUUGUUACUGCCCAAGGGUCUAAUAAGAAUGAAACAAUGCAAAACAAAUCUGAAGAAGCUGAUAGAGUGAGAAGCCUUGGUUGGAACUUGAGAGUAUUCGCUAUGAAGAGUUCAAGUCCUUUGGAUGUCACUGAGCUAUCCAGCAUAGAUCCGAAUUUUGUCACACUCUCGGACAUACCCAAGAGUUACAGCGGACUUUCAAGGGAGUUAAUCAGCGCUAUUGACACCUUGUGCGAUGGAAGAGUCAAUCCAGGGGUGACAAACAAUUGUGAAUCCUAAAAGUAGACGAGUCAGAUGUGAGCAGAUGUGAGCCCAACACAAGCAGCGAAGCAGAAAACCUUACCAAUGAUGUUCCAUUUUUUUUUACAUUAAAUAAAUACACGCAUUAACAGA